AUGGGCGGGGAGGCGCCGCGAGGAGCUCCAAGCAACUAUCCGCCCUUCGCUGAAAAGCCAGUGGGUCAAAAGAUCAGUGGCAUCUACAAAGAUCGCCUUCGCCAGUUUACAGCAACAGGGCAAUACCAGGGGCAUAAUCUGGUUGCCAAGUAUUUCGAGGCUACAAAUGAUGACGAGCAACAUGUCAAACUCUCCGUGUAUUCGGUCCCGAAUCUGGAGAGGCCGGCUUUCAAGCAUGUCGUGUCCAAAGAGUUCAAGCCAACGAAAAGGGGGGAGGUUUUCGGCCCUAGCUGGUCGACUCAUUGGUUCAAAAUCCGACUCACAAUCCCGGAAGACAUGAGGAAAAAGGAGCGCUUGGAGUUCCAUUGGGAUGCCAACAACGAGGGUAUGGUCUGGUCUGAAGACGGCAAUCCUCUGCAGGGCUUAACUGGUGGAGGCGAAAGAGUCGAGUGGAUAAUACCUGAUGGCUUUCGAGACGGAAAGGAGCACGUAUUUUACAUUGAAAUGGCAUGCAAUGGCAUGUUUGGAAACGCGAAUGGCGAUAUCAUUCAGCCACCCAAUCCGAACAGAUACUUCCGCCUUAAUACAGCAAGGAUUACUGCUAUCAAUCUUGAGGCUCGUGCGUUGUAUUAUGACUUCUGGAUGAUCGGAGACGCCGCAAGAGAAUUCCCAGGCGAUUCAUGGCAGUCGCAUGAAGCGUUGCGAAUCGGCAAUGCUAUGAUGGACGCUUUUAUCGACGGCAAUGGAAGUCAAGAAGCUAUCAAAGCUGCUCGUAAGAUUGCUGAAGAAUACAUAGGCACUCGAGUAAACUCUCCAGAUGUCUAUAAAACCGAGGGCAAAUCCCUUGUAUUUGGUAUUGGCCACUGCCAUAUCGACUCUUGCUGGCUUUGGCCGUUCGCGGAGACAAAACGCAAAGUAGCCAGAUCUUGGUCAACCCAGUGCGACCUAAUGGAACGCUACCCCGAAUUCCGGUUUUGCUGCUCCCAGGCGCAGCAGUUCAAAUGGCUGGAAGAGGGCUAUCCCUACGCUUUUGACCGGGUAAAGGGCUGGGUCAAAAAAGGCCACUUCCAACCAAUUGGCGGUUCCUGGGUGGAACACGAUACCAAUUUACCUAGCGGUGAAUCAUUAGUUCGCCAAUUCUUGUACGGCCAACGGUACUUCGAAAGUCGCUUCGGUCAGAGAUGUUCGACCUUUUGGCUUCCAGACACGUUUGGCUAUUCUUCGCAGCUGCCUCAACUGUGUAGACUUGCUGGGAUGAGCCGAUUUUUCACGCAGAAGCUGAGCUGGAACAACAUCAACAACUUCCCCCACACAACGUUCAACUGGGUUUCCCCCGAUGGUAGUCAAGUCCUGUGCCACAUGACGCCUGCGGAAACAUAUACCGCCAGCGCCCAUUUUGGAGAUGUCAAACGCAGCAUCUCACAACACAAGUCAAUGGACCAAGACAACACGUCUCUUCUUGUCUUCGGAAAAGGCGAUGGCGGUGGCGGUCCUACCUUCGAGCAUAUCGAAAAGCUUCGACGUCUUCGUGGCCUGAGCGACCAAGUCGGACUUUUGCCAAGAGUCACAAUGGGUGGCUCGGUUGACGACUUUUACAGUCAGCUUGAAGCGAAAGCGGCUUCCGGAACUGAAUUCGCGAAUAAUAAGCGUAACAAUCGGCAAGCGGAGUUUGUGCUCCGCGACCUUGAGCUGCUGGCAACUCUUGCUACUUUGAAAGAUUCAGACUACAAAUACCCCAAGAAAGCGCUAGAUGAUAUGUGGGAAUCCGUACUGCUAUGCGAGUUCCACAACUGUCUGCUCGGGAGUUCUAUCGAGAUGUGUUACGAUGAUUCGGACAAAAUCUACGCUGAAGUUUUCGCGACUGCCAAAAAUCCUCAAAGCCGAAGCUUCGAAGACUCUCGGUUUCUCGCAAGAAAAGAAUUCCGAGCAGAAGCUUAUAGCAGUCAAUUCAUUACCUUGGAGUCGAUCGGAAAUUUCAGAGGAGGCACAGGGGUUGUAUCUGCAGAACCCCUAAGCACUUCGCAGAAGACAUCGCUAAGUGUGACAGAAAUUGAAGAGGGGGUGUUUCAACUGAAAAGCGAUGCAUUAAGCCUGCGAGUCUCCAACGGAGUUAUAACCUCACUUGUGGAUGUGAAAGCUGACAGAGAAAUCAUACCCAGAGGAAAGAAAGCGAAUCAGUUUGUCAUAUUUGACGACAAACCUCUUUACUGGCAGGCUUGGGAUGUGGAGGUUUAUCAUCUAGAUUCCCGCAAGGAGCUGCAAUCAGGCACCACUAAGAUUGCAGAAAAAGGGCCUCACAGAGUCAGCGUGGUGACUGAAACGAAGAUUAGUGAUGCUAGCUGGAUUAAAACCACUAUCAGUCUGACAUCUGAGUCUGGAGACGUCCCAGCAUAUGUUGAAAUGAACUGUGAAGUGGAAUGGCGGGAGAAUAUGAAAUUCCUCAAAGUUGAAUUCCCUGUGGACAUUACUAACACAGAAGCAUCAUACGAAACACAGUAUGCUGUCACUAGAAGACCAACCCAUUACAAUACAAGCUGGGACAUGGCGAAAUUUGAAGUCUGCUGCCACAAGUGGGCUGAUUUGUCCGAGAGCGAUUAUGGAGUCUCUAUUCUGAACGAUUCCAAGUAUGGCUUUGCCACGUGUGGAAACUUGAUGCGCUUAUCCCUCCUUCGUGCCCCCAAAGCCCCCGAUGCUAAUGCGGAUAUUGGUCGCCAUCACAUUCGCUAUGCAAUUAUGCCUCAUACGGGACCUCUCGAUUACCGCACUGUCCGCGCUGGCUAUAAUUUCAACAACCCCUUAGUCUUACAAGCACAAUCGGGAAUCGAGGCCGACGACCUCUUCAAAGCUAUCAAGCUGACUGGUGCACCCAAUCUUAUUCUUGAUACGAUCAAGCGUGGUGAGGACGACGAGGACGUUUCCCGCGGAGAGCUUGAGCAACGAUCAAGCAGAAGCAUCAUUUUACGAAUCUAUGAUUCAAUGGGCGGCAAGAGUCGUGGCACUAUUGAAGUGAGACUACCCAUUCGGAAGGUGUAUAAAUGCAAUCUUCUGGAGGAUGAUCUGGAAAGCUUGAAAGUCGAAGAAGGGAAAAACGUGUCAAAGAUUGACAUUGAGCUGAGGCCGUUUGAAGUAGCAACCUACCGAUUGCAGCUUUGA